AUGCCAAAUUAUUAUGUAUGGUCUGAACAUGGUGAAGAUUAUGACGUGCUAGGGGUAGGAACCAAUAGUCAUUAUCCUAAUACAGAUUAUACUAGUACUAGUAGUCAGCAUGGUAGUCAACCUGGUAGUCAGCCAAUAGGAUUUGAGGGAAAUGUAUAUGCUGAGAUGGUGAAUGAUGCAUUUCAUGGUACCAUGCCUUUUAAUGAGUAUCAUGAAUAUGAAAGUGGAUAUGAUCAUAUCCAUGACGAACACACUCAAGAGGCGAAACGGUUCUACGACAUGUUAGAUGCUGCAAAUACUCCACUUUAUGAUGGAUGUCAUGAAGGUCAUUCGCAACUAUCAUUGGCGUCUAGGUUCAUGAACAUCAAGGUAGAUAAUAAUUUGUCUGAGGCAUGCAUGGACGAUUGGGCUGAAUUGUUUACAGAGGUUUUACCAGAGGGUAAUCAAGCUACUGGUUCAUACUACGAGACAGAGACUUUAGUGCAAAAGAUAGGAUUGCCAUACCAUACAAUUGAUGUAUGUAUAGAGAAUUGUAUGCUCUUUUGGAAAGAAGAUGGGAAUUUGGAGCAUUGCAAGUUUUGUGGGAAGCCAAGGUACAAAAGUAGUGAGGGUAGAACUAGAAUACCCUUUAGUCGUAUGUGGUAUCUACCUAUUGCUGAUAGAUUGAAGAGGAUGUUCCAAUCAGAGAAGACCGCAUCAUCAAUGAGAUGGCAUGCUGAGCAUGAUUCAGAAGAUGGAGUAAUGUGUCAUUCAUCUGAUGCGCCUGAAUGGAAGACUUUCCAACAUUUACAUCCCACAUUUGCGCAAGAGCCACAAAACUUUUACCUUGGGUUAUCGUAUUUAUUUCUUACGAUUCUGAACUCCGGACCAAACCACCCACGAGCCAGCCUUGAUGUUUUCCUCCAACCAUUAAUCGAUGAGUUAAAGGAUUUAUGGUAUAAUGGGGUUGAGGCUGAUGAUAUCUCACUAUCUGAAAAUUUCAACAUGAAAGUUGUUCUUAUGUGGACAAUAAGAGAUUUUCCAGCGUACGGUAUGUUGUCGGGAUGGACGACACACGGAAGAUUAGCAUGUCCAAUUUGUAUGGAUGACACUGGUGCUUUUCAAUUACCAGCUGGGAGGAAAACAUGUUGGUUUGACUGUCAUAGGAGAUUUCUUCCUACAAGUCAUCCGAUGCGGAAGAAUAAAAAGGACUUUCUGAAGGGAAAAGAUUCAUUGAAUGGCGAUCCAACUGCAUCUCUGACUAGUCAAGCUAUAUAUGAGCGUAUAAGGAAAGCCAAAGCACCUAAAACAUCUGUCUGCGGUGGGAAUUGA